AUGUCCACUGCCACCUGCAUCCCGGCCGACUCUUCUCGCCCGGCCUCCUCCGCCUCCGGCGCCUGCUCCCACCGCCAGACCAUCUCCAGCCGGAACACCCUCCGGCUCAGCCUCAACCUCGACCCGCCGAGCCAGCCCGCACCCGCAGCACCCGGCCUGGCGUUCCUCAGGCCCAUCCACGCCGCACUCGCCUUCCUCCUCCACAUCCUCUACCAGCUCCUCCACCGCUGUCUCCUCCGCCCACCGCCAGCCCCGCUCUCAGCAUCAACAACCCCACUCAACUCAGCCCUGCCAGCCGCACUCUCUCAUCUCCUGCUCGCCCACAGACAGCCCCACAAACCCCGCCCGGCCAGCCAGCCCCUCCGAUCUGCCCAUCAGCAUCCUCCCAGCAACAAUCUGUCCGCCAUCCUGAUCACAACCAACUCCGAACUCAACCCGCUCAGUCUCCAGCUCGCACUCGACUUCGCCGCCAUCGGCUAUCACGUCUUCCUCCAAGUCUCCUCUCACUCCCAACUCACCCAGGUCAUCCUCGGAUGGCAAAGACUCAAAUCAACCCUCAACAAGCCACACCCUCAGCCCAUCAAACCUCAGCCACCCUCCCUGCUCAGCCUGCUCUACCUCCACCUGUUCUCCGGCAUUCCUUUCCAUCACCAAGCAUCAAAACAUCAUCAACCAACUAUCGGCUCACUCAUCCCCCUGCUCUACCUCUCUCACGACCUACCUCAAAGACUAGAGGCCAUCUCCACCAUCAACGCAUACAUCCACGAGAAUGCGAUCGAUAUGCUCACUCUCAUCAACAUCAUCGACCCCCAUCGCAUUCGCAAAUCCUACCCGAUCUUCUACAACUCCCCCCUCUCACCCACCUUCUCAAUCAACCGAAACAACCCCGCCUCGGCCUCAUCUAGCAGCCCUUCGAUCUCCUGUCCCCGACCCCUUGCCGGAAUCACCUCGCCAUCGGCCGCAUCAGAACAGCUUCCAAGCAAUCUCCACAGCCCCUCCACCCCGAGAUCCUUACCAGCUAGCUCAUCCACCGGAUCAUCAAACCAUGAGAUCUAUAAUCACCAACCACUCCCACUCUCGAUCAGCUCAGAAAACUAUCUGUUCGACGUCUUUGGCGAUAUCCUACUCGGCCCAUUGAACACCACCCAAGACCUACUCCUCUUACUCAAGGACCACAGAGGCAGGGUCAUCAACAUCUGGGAUGCUCAUCGACACCCUCAAUCAGCAUUGAUCAAGAUCAUGCUCAAUGGAUUCCAAAGGACGACCAAAGUGCUCAAAGACGAGCUAGAGCCGCUUCAAAUCCCCGUCUCUAUCAUCUACAAGCCUCCUGGGAACAAUAACAACUCCAACUUCAGGGCGCGUACAGCUCAAUCGACUGUGACCAGGGACUCGAGAAGCUUAUUGAGCGAAGCAUCUGAUCCGGAUCUCUUGCAUGUCUUCACCAAACAAACAGCCGAAAUGAUUCGAAGAGAAGACCAGCUAACGGCAACCUUUUCGGAUCAGACCACGACCAGGGCAUCCUUCGAGUUGGUCAGAAGCGUCCUUGAGACCAACUAUCCCUGUCCGGCCUAUCCCAUCGGGAUCAGAGACUUGGGCGAUCUGCUCGCCAACCUAUCCGGUUUAGACCGCGCGUUUUCAUCACUCGAAAGACUCCUAGCAAUCUGA